CUCAGUUCCAGACAUGGCAGCGUUGAGACCAGAGCAUCGCUAUGGACUUUCGUGUGGAAAAAUUAACAAAAAUAUCCCGAAUAAAACACUUUACCACGUCAAGCUCACCGACUCUGCCAUUCGAGCACUGGAAGCCUAUCAGAACCUUAAGGGGUCCUUACCAAACCAGCCAUCCAUCUGCUUCAAGGGGAGCCAAGGGUAUAUCAAGAUCCCCACCCCUUCCUCGGAGUCUCCUGACGGCCUGCGAAUCUUCUCUUUCUACCUGUCCAGUGACAGCAAAGACAAGCCUCAGGCCAGCUUCGACUGUAUUCAGCAGUAUGUCUCUGGGGAGGGCAGGGAGCAGCUGGAGUGCCAGGGCAGUAUUCAGGACAAGAUCACGGUGUGUGCCACCGACGACUCCUACCAGAUGACCCGUGAGCGCAUGUCCCAGGUGGAGAAGGACAUCUGGAGCCGGACGGCCAUCGAGAUCAAGCCGGGGUCCACCUAUCCCAGUAAAUGUGUUAAAAUUCAGAAGAAGGGGCCACCCUCAACUCCGGACAGCCUCCACAAGUACUCACCUAACAACAAGAGGGGCGGGGCGCUCUCGUCUGUGGCCAAUCGGCCGCUCAGAGACCGCGUCAUCCACCUGCUGGCGCUGAAGCCCUACAGGAAGCCGGAGCUGCUCCUGUGGCUGGAGCGCGACAGAGCCAGCCCCAAAGACAAGGCUGACCUGGGAUCAGUGCUGGAGGAGGUCGCUAAACUGAAUCCUAAGGACAGCAGCUUCACACUGAAGGAUGAGUUCUACAAACAGGUCCAGAAGGACUGGCCCGCGUACCACGAGGAGGAGCGGCAGCUGCUCCACAGGCUGCUGACCAGGAAGCUGCAGCCACUCGGCAAUGGCCAAUCAAAGAGUCUCCAAUCAAACCCCGCAUUCAGCAAAACCUCAGGGGAACCUCCUGCGCAUCUCAGCCCCGUUAAGAAUCUGGCUGUGAAACGCCCAGUGCCUUCUGACCCACUGGAAAAUCAGGCUCAGAAGAAGCCCAGAGUGCCAGAGCAGCAUCAGCAUCCACAGCCCGUCUCCAACGGACUCCCACACGGAGGCCAGGCUGCCCCUGCCCCAGUUGCCUCCAGUUUACACACCAAGACUGAGUUUCAGAGGACAAGUAACCACACGUCGGAGAGCCAAAAUGGCUUCCUUCCGAAGCACAAGCUCAGCAGCUCCUCUGAUGGUCAGAAGCUGGAGCGAGCCAAGCAGCACCCCCUGCUGACCAGCCCCAAGCCCCCCCGGACUGAAUCCUCUGUCUGCACUGACCAGCAGCUCGCCAAUGGCCAGCACAAGAAGAAGAAGUCCAAGAAGCACAAGGAGAAGGAGAGGGAGCGCUUGAAAGACAGCGAGAAGAACGAGUGGCUGGAGGCCAGCCCUGACCUCAAGCACAAUCAGGAAAACCUGAAAGAGCACGAACGUGCAAACACACCUGUCACUCCGACGUCCCCAGCCGAGCUGACCGACUACCUGCUGAAGUACAGUCCCAUCACAACCUCGGAGCAGCGUCAGAAGUACAAGGAGGAUUUCUGCGCCGAGUACGACGAGUACAGAGACCUUCACUCCCGGAUCGGCAGCGUCACCCAGAUGUUUGUUCAGCUGGGCUCCAAGAUAAAGACCCUGACCCCCGGAACGCAGGAGUACAAGGUUAUGGAAGACCAAAUAUUGGAAAAAUACAGAAAGUAUAAGAAGAAGUUUCCGGGCUAUCGGGAAGAGAAGAAGCGCUGCGAGUACCUCCACCACAAACUGUCGCACAUCAAAAGCCUCAUCCUGGACUUUGACCAAACCCAGACGCCUUCGUAGCGCCGGAGCCCCCCUGGAGUGCGGGCGGACCAAAAGACCCCCUCCCAGGGGCCCCCCU